AUGCGUAUCUCCGCAUCUCUCGGGGUCCUUGUGGCCACCGGCCUUUUGGGACAUUCUGCCUCUCAGGCAACUGACUACGGUAACACCAAUGGCAGCCCCAUCGGCAACCAACCCGACGGCUCUGGCAAUGGAAUCCCUGGCAACAAUGGGGGAGUGCCCAACACCUUGCCUUACCCAAGUAACACUGCGGGAUCUAUCCCUGGCUCGGUUCCCAGUGGUGUUGGCCCCGUCGGCCCCGUCUUUCCCGGCGAUGACUCCAAUGGUCUUCCUCCUUCUGGACCUGUUGGCGGUCCUGCCUCUCCCGGUGGCAGCUCCAGCGGCUCCUAUCCCAACGGCCCCGGCGGCAUUCCCGGUAACCUUCCCAGCUCUGGCUCCCCAAGCGAUGGCUCCAAUGGUCUUCCUCCUACUGGACCCGUUGGUAGUCCUGUUUCUCCUGGCGGCAGCUCCAACGGUCCCUAUCCCAGCGGCCUCCCCUCCAACGGACCUGCUGGCGGUCCUGGAAAUCUUCCUGAACCUAUUCCCGGGAGCUCUUCAAGCAACGGCCCUGGCAAUGCUCCAGGUAGCAUCCCAGGUGCUGGAUCUGUGAUCAUUCCUGGCAGUUUUCCCACCAACAUCCCCCAAAACGUGCCCGGCUCUCCCGAGUCCACCCCAUCUGGUGUCUCUGAUAUCCCUACCUGCCCCCUCCGCUCUACCAAGACUGUUGUUGUCACUAUUUACCCCACGGAUAGUCAGAGUGAGUCUGGCUUUCACUGGCCCGAUGAUUCAGAUUCCGAUGGAUCCUAUACCCCAACACCUAUGCCUACCAAGCCUCCCGGAUCUACUUCAUUGCCCUGGAACUCCGGUGUGCCCAUCUUCACGACCCUAACACUUGAUAUCUGGGGUCCUGGUGGCAUCCCUUCCGAUUCUGGCUCAGGCAACAAUGGCGACACAGGCACCAGCAAUGGAAACCAGUCUAAUGAUGGCACCAGCCCUAGUGAUGGCAGCAGUCCUGGAGAUGGCUCUGGCAACAACGAUGGAACCAAUUCGAACAGUGGCAACGGCUCUGACUCCAAUGGCGAGGGCGAUUCUCACAGCAACCCUGACUCUCCUUUCUUUCCUCCAACUUCUGGCCCCACUGGUGCUCCUCAGUACUCUGACAGCGCUCCCGACGGCUCGUCCGCUGGAAAUCCUGGAGCCUCGGGAAUCAACACACUGGCGCCCACCCCUCUCCAAACACCCGGCUUUCCCAACGGAGGCAUUCCUGGCAACCAGCCGCAGUUUCCUUCCACAGGUCCUGCCCAAGAAGCCAGCGAUAGCCUUCCAGUCACCACCCAAGCUGGUCCUGAAGGUCAAGACGGGGCUUCUCCUUGGUUCACUAAUAUUCCUGGCGGAAAUGGUGCUGGUCAGCCAUCACCCUCAUAUGUCACCAUCAUUGGCCAAGAUGGACUUCCCACUGUCAUCAGCAGCGGUGGAAAUGUGGUCUCAGGUAAUGCUCAGCCGUCGGCGGCACCAGGAUCCCCCCAGAAUGGCAAUAACCCAGAACUCCCCGGCGGGGUAUCUUCAGGUUUUCCCAUCCCUCCUCCGGUGUUCACUGGUAUUCCAGGAUCUCAGAAUCCUUCCAACUCUCCCGCUGGAUCUCUAACUGGCAGUGGACCUGAUAUAGGUGUCACAACCUGCGCAACAUUCACCAUCACUGGCCCCGAUGGUCUUCCCACCGUCGUGGACUCAACCUGGGUUGUCCCUCUCAGCACACCUUCUUUCGAAGAAUCAUCCCAACUCUCUGCCACUUUUGACCCCCAAGCCCCACUAUCUACCGUUUCGUCUGAGCUUGGUCUUCCUACCUUUCCAGUUACUGCAUCUGGGUCAUCCGAAGAUGGACCCGGAGGUGCGGUUACAAUCACAAGCACAAGUUUCACCACGAUUGGUAUCGAUGGUAACCCUACUGUGGUGUACACUACUUGGAACAUCCCAGCUGCCACCGCUUCAUCCGGAGACCCUGGUGAUGCUUCGGCCCCUGCCUUUUCUGGGGACUUCGUGACUAUCACCGCGCUUCCUCCCGUUGGUUCCUCUGGUCUUGGUGGCGAAAUGGGCACUGCUCCUGGCCCAGAUGAUGCCUCCCAAGUUACAACUUGCACCAGUUACACUGUUAUUGGCGCUGAUGGUCUCCCUACUGUCAUUGAUUCUACAUUUGUUAUUCCUGGUCCAGUAAACACUGGUGUUACCAUCGGCGGUGACCCUGAUCUCCCUUCAGGGGCCUCCGGGGCUCCUCCCAAUGGCGUCACAUCACCUGCUACUUUCCGAGUCACAAACAACCCCGAGAUCUCUUCACCUAUCUCCGGUGCUGUCACUGGAUCUGGAGGAUUCGGCAGUCAAGACAUCACAACCUGCACAAGUUACACCAUGAUUGGCUCAGACGGUCUCCCAACUGUUGUCGACACAACUUGGAUUAUACCCGGAUCUAUCAAUACACUGUCCGAACUACCAGCCAAUCCAUCAUUUGUCUCUGACUCGCUCCCAUCUGGCCUGCCUAGUGGCGUUACUGGCCCAUUGACCUCUGCAGGCAUUCCCUCCAAUGGUAACCAGGGAAACAUGCCUGGCAUCACCACCUGCAUCACAUACACUACGACUGGACAAGAUGGCCUCCCAACCGUUGUUGACACAACAUUUGUGAUUCCCGUGGCUACUGAAACGCCUUCUGGAACAGAUCUGUCAGUCACGACCGCCAAUGGCGACGGCCAGAUUGGUUCGUCACCCAACCCUACUGGAGCUUACACUACCACCACGACAGCUGCGAUCCUGGGCCCGGAUGGCAACCCAACACCAACAGUGCAGACUAUUGUUUUCAGCGACUCUUCCGCCCUCGGAGUUUCAGCCAGUGCUCCCCAGGGUACAACCUCAGGCGUUACACUCUCAGGCGUUUCUGGACCCCUAUUCACCUCCGGAGACUGGACUACUCUUUCCACAGACACCCUGAGCCUCAAUGGAUAUGACGAUGGUAUCCCCGAUGCUUCCAUGUCAGCUAUACUGACUGAUGGUAGUGCCGCUGCAGAAGGUACAUCCCUGAUUGGUACAACCACUGGAACCCUCACCUGGACUGUUACCUCCAUAACAAACUCUCCUGGUGCCCCUAUCUUCUCAGAUGGCGCUGCCCAGCCUCCAUUUGUGUCCAACCCUUCAGAUGGCGCCCCUGAUGGCCAGGCUCAGCCCGCCUAUGGAUCCCUUGCCACUGAGAGUACUCUGUGGCCUCUUUCUGCUGUUCAGACCUCCACCUGGACCAACAUCAUCAAGGCCGAGACCACCUCUUACACAUUCAACUACCCCCUUACUACCCUCGCCACCGUCAACGUACCCAUGAGGCGGCUUGCUCGUCGCCAGGCCAUGACUGCCUGGUCGAACUCAACCACUUCUUUGUCGAGCGCAACAUCCGCAUCCGCAUCCACGGCCACAAUCUCAGAUGCCAGCUCUCCCACUGUUUGUUCUGAUGGUGGAAGCAUUGGUAACACUACAAUUGAUCCCCAGCCAUAUAUCCCCUCCUCUGGCGGUCAGCUCGUGGAGUUCGUCCCUCCCGCUCUUUCGAAUACUACAACUACGAUCUCAGGAGACGUCGCUCAGAUUGGUGUAGGACCUCAUGCCGCCAGUCCCUGUUUCCGCUUCGACUUCUUUGGUGCGAACCUUGGAUGCGAUGCCCGCGGAGACGAAAAGUGGUGUGAGUUUGAUAUCUCAGCCUACCGCUGGAAUGAGACUUCAUCCACCGAAGAAUCGAUUGCUUGGUCGGAAACCAAGCAAGUCCCUGCUUGUCCCAAGUUCUCUGAGGGCGGUUACCAGCUGACCCGAGUUGACAUGGAUGGGUACAAGGACCUCUCAUCAAUCCUGAUCACGUUGCGUGUCUCGUCAAACCUUCGAGUCUGGUGGGGAGAUGAUUUCCGUGUUGGUUGGAGCGACAACAGCUGUAUCGCUGCAUCUUGCCGCGCAAAUGCGCCCUCUCAGGUCGUCAAACGAGAGACUGUUAUUUCAGCUCUACGACAAGGUGUCUACCGAUGGACACCGUAUGAGCUCAAACGACUUGACGACAGUCUGGUGUGGGAGUCUGCCAACUGAAUGAUGUCACAUUGCACAACAACUUAUUUGCAUCAGCACAUGGCGCAUUCAUGUCGAGCGAUUUGCUCUGUAUUAUUUUCACGAUUUGAAACGAAUUUUCUUGGACGGGCGGUGUAAUGCUUCAUGCUGGGACACGGGUUUAAUUGAGAGGCAGGUAGAUGGAUGGGAGAGAAUUAUGUCAGAUAUGAUCGGAUAACUCUUAGCCCAAGUAAUCAAGAUAAAAAUGUAUUACUUCUCUC